ACUAGCUAAAGCAGCAGGAGGCUCUGCUUCUCCAGGACUCUGACUGCAGAGCCUUUUCGUCGCGACAGCACCUACCUUCGUUCCCGCUCGACCAGACGGGGUCUGGUGUCUUAUAUAUAGCGUUAAAAACACAAAGACGGCCCAGGCCCUUUCGCUCGCUCACUGUCCAUUUGUCCGCUCGGCUGCAGAGGCAGCAACCGGCCGGCUGCCUGUUUUGUGUCUAGUAAUAGGGGCGCGAUCGUGAUUGAGGUGGCUGCUGGAAGCUCGGAGUCGCGGGCGCGAGCAGAUUCCUGAAAAUGGCUGCAAAACUCAGAAAGUUCUUGCUCCGCUACUACCCUCCGGGAAUCAUCCUGCAAUAUGAGCGGGAUGGGGUAAUGAAGCAGAAGCCGAUCGACCUGCUGGACCUGACGCCGGACGUCGAUGUGGAGGUGUUGCUCUCGCAAAUCAUCCGUCAGGAGCCGCUCAUCAGCGAGAACCGGCGGCCAGCGCUGCGUCAGCUCAUACACAGGCUGAUCGACAAGAUGCUGGAGCAGCAGCACCACAGCUUCACGCUGUUCAAGGUGCUGCGCGCGCACAUCCUGCCCCUGACCAACUGCGCCUUCAACAAGAGCGGCGACCGCUUCAUCACCGGCUCCUACGACCGAACCUGCAAGGUGUGGAACACCUUCACGGGCGAGGAGGUCUUCACGCUCGAGGGGCACAAGAACGUGUCCACCAUCAUCGCCACCGGCUCCAUGGACAACACCGCCAAGCUGUGGGACGUGGAGACGGGGCAGGAGCGGGGCCACACUGGCCGGACACCGGAGCGGGCCACACUGGCCGGACACCGCGCCGAGAUCGUGUCUCUGGGCUUCAACACGGGUGGCGACCUGAUUGUGACGGGCAGCUUCGACCACGACAGCCGGCUGUGGGACGUGCGCACCGGGCAGUGCGUGCACGUGCUGUCGGGCCACCGCGGCGAGGUGUCCUCCACGCAGUUCAACUACGCCGGCACGCUGGUUGUGUCUGGCUCCAUCGACUGCACCUCGCGGCUGUGGGACGUGCGCAGCGGCCGCUGCCUGUCCGUCAAGCAGGGCCACACGGAUGAGGUGCUGGACGUGGCGUUUGACGCGGCGGGGACCAAGAUGGUGUCUGCCUCUGCGGACGGCAGUGCUCGGCUGUACCACACCCUGACUGGCGUGUGCCAGCACACCCUGGUGGGGCACGAGGGCGAGAUCAGCAAGGUGGCCUUCAACCCGCAGGGCACCCGGCUCAUCACGGCCUCCUCGGACAAGACCUGCCGCCUGUGGGACUGCGACACCGGGGAGUGCCUGCAGGUGUUGGAGGGCCACACGGACGAGAUCUUCUCCUGCGCCUUCAACUACGAGGGCGACUUCAUCAUCACCGGCUCCAAGGACAACACGUGCCGCAUCUGGAAGGCCCUCACAGCCUCCAGUCAGCCCGCCGGCCCGGGAGGCGCAGGCGGCGGACUGGCCCGGCCCACCACCGCAUUCUCCUACAACGACUGAGCGGCUGUAGCGGCGGCGGCGGCGGCUGCAGCACCGGCGGCUGUAACGGAGCGGGUGGUUGGAGCUGGAGGAGGAGGCAGGGCGUUGGCUGCAACGGCUUGGGAGGAGGAGGAGGGGGCACAGGCGCAAGCGGAGGCGGCAGUUGGGGGGGGGGCGGAGGCGGCGGCCAGAUAGCCGCCUGCGCCGCCCUACAGGAACAGCGCAGUGCAGAAAUGGCGGUGAAGGAGGAGGCGAUGGGGGCGGUGCUAGGUAGCCUCGGCCGGGUGGGGUGCGGGCAAGUGUGUGUGGGUGGGGGCCAGCGGCAGCACCCAUGGCUCAGGUGGUGGCGGAGGCGGAGUGACUGGGUGGAGGAGGAGGUGGAGGAGGUGGUGGAGGGGGAGGUGCAGCGCGCGACCCGCGGGCGGAGCUGGACUGUGGAGUUGAGGCGGCACCGAGGCGCCACAACAGCGGCAGGCAGUGCAUGUGUGGUGGACGGAAGAAUGGGCGAGCGAGGGAGCGCGCGACCGAGGAGCUGAGUGGCGCGGUGCGGCCGCGAGGGGUGUGGGUCCCGGAGGGCCGCCGCCGCGGGAUCGGGCGCAUGGGUCGGUUGCUUGCGCGGCGCCGCGAUGGCGUGCCGGUCGCGAUUUGGAGACAGACUGUAAUCUCCUCACUUG